AUGCCCCAGUACCCCCCGGCGCUGUCGGCCUACCGGAGCCCGCCGUCGAGCAUCGACUACGGCUCGCCCUCGGCCUGGCCCGCGUCGGCGUCGCCUUUCCGCCUGCGCCGCUCGCCCGCCGCCGCCAGGACCCCCGCGCAGAACACGCUGCUGUCCAUCACGCGGCCGCUGCCCGUCAGGGCGCUGCUCCAGCGCUACCUGGCGCCCAAGUCGGGCUCCGAGUGCGAGUGCCGCUCCCCGAAGGCCUCGCUCGCCCAGCCGUCCGGCACCACCGAGCUGCCCGGGGCCGCCUUCUACGGGCCCCUGGACGCCAAGAACCCGCUGCUCGCCUCCUUCCAGAGGGAGAUGCAGGGCGUGCUGGGCUUCCUCCGCAGGAAGCAGGGCCGGGCCGCCUCCCUCCAGGAGCGCCAGACCGUCCAGCAGCGCGGUGCCAGCAGCCUAUUCAAUAUCUGGAACAAGUAUAAGGCCCGCCUGCCACCCAAGUAUUACAACGAUCAGCUUUUGAAGGUUGGAGACAGCCUUAUUCAAAUACAACAAUACAAGCUGGCCUUGUCGCAGUGCUAUGGAAGGUAUCUUAGCCAGUUCAACUGCACCGUUGAGGAGAGAGAAAUGGACGUGUAUCAGUUCAAAAGCAUGUUUUUCCCCAAUGGCCCCGAAGACAGGAGUUCCAGCCUAACAUUUCGUGCUUUGGAAGGGAAAUGCAUUUGUAUUUACCAGGUGAUCUGUGCCAGUGACCCCUCUCUGCAGAGUGAGAUAUCUGUAAGCCAGUGCUUUAAUAUAUUGUCUUCAUUGAGACUCAUCAUGCAAGUGGCCCUUCCCCAGGAAAGACUCUGCUGGAUCAUCUACAAUGGUACAAUUCAUAUUUAUACACUUUGUAGGAAGUUGAUGGUCAUCGGGCUGUCUGCUAAGGCCUUGGAAUACUUGCUUUGGGCAAGUAUAUGUAUGGAAUCCUGUAUCCCCCUUUUAGCGGUUAGGUAUCUGAAUUGGAGAGCUACCCUAUACACCGCCGUUUCCCAGUGUUACUACGACUGCCAAGCUGGAAUUCAGGGAGAGAUAUUUGCUCGGCGAGGUUUGGGAAAAAUUGAUGAAUUAUUACACCUAGAAGUAAUGAGCCUCACACCACCGCAAGAAGAAGCGAAAAGAAGCUUUAGAGAAGCCACCAUAAAGAUGGCAGUCAUGAUCUUCAAGAGGGCAGCCUUUGAACCUCGAAGAAAGUCCAAGCCCUUCAUAAGAGCGAAACCAAGAAUUUCCUUACGGGAAGCCCAGAAUCUGCAAUGGCCGCGUACUCCCACGGAAAAGCUGUUGGUCGAGAUGUUUGACAGCAGCUCGUCCCAGUUUCUGGCUGUAUUGGAAGCCCUUUCGGAACCGAGAAGGCGGGUGCUGCAGACGGGUCCCCCCACGUCAGAAGAACCUGAGAUUCGGGAGGUCUUUGCUGAGCUCUUCAUGGCAGGCAGCGAGCUCUUCUCAGACAGUGGCCAGACAGCCAGUGGGAAGUAUGACUUUUUCAAAACAGUCUCUUCAGUUUCUUCUCAAAUGAAACUCGCCGUCGAAGGGAACGACAGUGUUUCGAUAGCUGCGGCGGUGAAGUUGAUAAAAUUAUUUUUCACCUUUGAGGAAUGGAAUUUAUUUCAUUGUACUGCCGCUCAGUUUAUCAACUUCCUUCAGAGUCGAAAGGACCCGGCCUCAAGGAAAGCGGAGAUGGAUUUAAGGCUUCUGGCUGCGAUGGAGCCCUUGAUCAACGUAAAGAGAAAUAAAGGCUUGGCUUACACUGGAGAAGGAGCAAACAGUAUCACGGAUGGAGGUCGAAGUAUAGGGAAGAAAAUUGUGUUUCAGGACCCUCACGUGUUUUCUGGAAGCUAUUCUGAUGACAUUUUCCACUUGGGGUCAAUGUUAUUUUCCUUCAUUUGUUCAGCUGAUGAGAAAGUUCAGCCUGAUAGUGAGAUCGUUGUUGACCUGAUAAUGUUCCUGUGGCAGAAAUGCAAAAUGGGAAUCCAGCAGGUCUACUCGGCAAAAAUGGAAUAUUUCAAGUUUGUCCAGAAAGUCAAAAAUAACAAAUGGAUUCAUCUGCUUUGGCAGAUAAAUGAGAUGAUUUAUUCUUAUCAAACGGAAGACAUCAACCCUGUGGUCGUGGCCGAAGUCUCGUUACGACUAAGUGAAAUAUUGGAGACUUUGGGAAACCCAGAAAAAAAAUUUGGUUAUGCACAUGAUAUAGUUUUCUGUGAUCAGCACCUUCUCUGUGGAAGGUCCCACACUAGAUGCAUUGUCUUUGACCCAAAGACGAAAAGCUCUGGAAGCAAAAUUAAUUUUGACUAUGACUUCUUCCACAAAAGUUCUGAUAUCUUCCCAAUUUUAAAGGAAACGCCUGAAGAGCAAUUACUUUUGGCUUAUGAGAUUCUUGACAAGGCAAUUACAACUAUCGGGAUGUCUCGUACACGAUCUACGUUGCCCAAUGGUACAUCAGUGUAUGAUCAUUGUCAUGCCAAGGUCAUCCCUCCAACAGAAGAUAGAACUUCCGGCAAGACACUCACUGCCAACAGUUUGAUCAUGGACUUGCAGAUGGAAAUCAUUCUGGCUCAGCACCGGAUAGCUGUUAUGCUCCUUGACCAACUCAAAGCUUGGGACUCAACUCUUCAGAAAUCUGGCUGUCCCAAAGAAGCUCAAAGUACAAAAGAGUCUGCCAGCACUAGUUACUUCACAGAAUCGUAUGUACUGAAAAAAAUCAACAAGAAUCGAAUAUCCAAAGCAAUCUACUUGAUGCAGAAAGCUCUGAUAUUAUUUGAGAAAGAUCCCCUCCAAGAUCACAAGUUGCUGGAGGAAGCAUUGUCCUUAAUUAAGAAGACUGAAUCAGAGCAAAGUGCCCUGUACUCAUAUCAGAAGGAUGCAGAGGAUGGUAAACUACUCUGUGGCAAAGUUCCUUUUCCUCCCAUACUGAUUUCUAGAACUCAUUGUUCGGUGACAUUUAAACCUGCUCCAUUUGUUUGCGGGAAAAAGGUCGAUUGGUACACCAUUUUGGGAUGUCAGAUGGGAACAGGUAUUGGAAAAGUAAGGUUGAACAGCCAUUGUCUUUCAAACUCUGGACAACCAGUGCCUGCUAAUGAUAAAACCCUUUUAGAAGUUGUUGGUUUAGAGCCCAAUGAAAAAUACAUAUUUGCAGUUGCUGCUUAUGGCUCUGAUGGAGAACUUAUUGGGGAGGCAAUUGGAGAGACGUCAAAGCCAGUUCUGGUUUACACGCCGCUUUCUACAGUUACUACUCGUUUAUAUCUGACGGAGGUUGCCUAUCAAAUUGGUAAAUAUUCAUUGGCCAAGAAAGCCUUUGCACCAGUUUGGGAUUAUUUUGUCUAUACUCCUUCUCCAGCAAAUACAUCCAUUAUUUCUUUAAACAGCAUGUUAACUAUUACACCACACAGGUUAUAUACAGAUACCUUGUCAGAGUCUUCAUCAGUGCUUUUAUACCAUUUCCUCAGAUGUGUUUUUGUAAUGAGUAGCAUUAAUAUUGUGGAACAAAAGCUCUUCUGUGACGCCAUUAGGGGAAAUGAGGUUUUCACCUGUCAACAAGCUGUCAGACUAGCAGAAUGUCAGAGAAUGCUAGUGGCAAUUGAACUUAGUACCCACUUAAAUGAUUUGAGUUAUUCCCUACAAGCUGUCGUUCAGUGCUAUGGUCUCCUGGCUCCUCUAAUCUUUCACAAUAUUGUUCUGGUGCCAGCAAUCCAGAUCCUAAUUAAGUGUUUGGUAGUUCUGCAAGAAAUCCCAAAUGUUAAUUUUCCCAGGAGACAGAUGGGGAAUUUUGAAAGUAUCCAGCAUAUGAUUGCGUGUUCUGUUUAUUACACAGCAAAGGUGCUGCGUUCCUGGAAGGAAUUCGACCUUGCAGUGAUAAUUAUAAAUUUCGGGAAAAAGUUGCUGGACACCUCACAAGGGCUAUUUUCAAAUGUCGGUAAAGCUUCCUUUGGUGAUGAUGAGCAAGAAGAUGUGACAGAGGAGGGCAUCCCCACUAAGAAAGUGAAGAAGUCCAAGGGACAGAUUGUCAUGCUGGACAAAAUCAGUGAACAACUCAACCUCAUGGAAACGCAGCUGCUCAAACUGACGAAACAAAAUCCCUAUGUUGAACUCACAGGAGCAGAAGAUCCCCUUUUUCUCUACCCUAUAAUUUUAACUUGGACACUCAGAGGUGCCACGAAAGAAGUAAUGAAAUUCAAGAAUAAACCUCGUUUUCUGGAAUUCUUUGUUCAAGUUAUGACAAAAUGUAUUCAUGAAGAGAAAUUUAACUAUGUGGUGGACAUGUCAUAUACUGUUCAAAACUUCCUAAAAAGGAGAAAUGACAACUAUCUUGGAAUAAAGAAAGUUUCAGGUACAGACAGUACUUCAGCUAAUGAAGACCCAAAGAAGUACAAGGCAACUGCCAUGGAGAUUCAAAAAGCCACAGAGUUACAAUUUUUGAAGCCAAAAACCAAGAAAAAAGAUGCUCUGCGAGAGUAUUUUACCAAACACCUCUCACUCUCAGAAUUGCCAGAUCUGGAAAAAUUUAAAAGAACUGACGUUAGAAAAAUAGCUUUUAAAAUUCUGAUAGAAUUCUUGUGCCCCAAAGUGGUUAACUAUGUAAAAAGAAAAAGAUUGCACCAAUUAUUUAUUGAGGAGUUACCUUGGAGAGCUCAGAUGAAUGUACAUUUGGCAUAUGCUCAUUUCAGCUUAUUCAAAAUCAAACUCGCAGAGCGUAAGAAGAUGAAAGUUUGCAGUUCACAAAAUGCGAUGAGCUUCCGAAGUUUAGACCCUGAUACGUUCUCAUUAUACCACUCUGGGACGUUGUUAGUGGAGGAAAACAUUAAUGAGGAAGGCUACAAAGCAAUACUUGAAUUCCUGCUUUCAAGCAAAACAAGACCCAACCUCUUAGCCAUAGAUACUGAUGGAUUCUCUUUUAGCAGCUCCAAAGUGAGUGGAGCAGAAAGCCCUAAGGUGAUAGUUUCAGCUGAAGUAGACAUUGAUGUGAAAGAUCGAACAGGAAAUCUUGGAGUCUUGGACCACUUUGUCAGAACCUUUUUGCAUUGCAGAAGAGCAGUGGUUCUUGCUCAUCGUGGUGGCUACUGGACCUUACUUCAGAAUGCCUCCCGGAUUCUUUGGAACUAUGCCUUGGAAGUACAGAUGCUCUUUAAGCAGGCACAUGUUUUUUCCAGAACAUUUCCCCUCAGCAAGGAUGCUAUUUUAUGCACAUUUGUGUUGCCGUUUUAUUUGACAUCGGAAGCUCUCCUUGACAUGCUGCUAGACCUGCAGAAUAGCAAAUCUCUUAAGAUUUUAGAUGACAAUAAAGAUUUUGGUGUCCCAAGUGCUUACGGGGGCAUCGAAGAUGAUGAUGGUGGCUUGAAUCUGACAUUUGAAGAUCCUUUUGAUGAUAUGAACUUGGUUGAUUUGAAGUAUAUUUCUGACUUCAUCUUUAAAACUUUGGAAAUUUUGUACAGAGUGGGAAAAUGGGAAACACUGGCACAUAUUGCCCUCCAUUUCAAUGAAAUUACGCAUGAGAAGUAUACCGAGCAAGUGACGCCGCUGUUAGUCUAUGCUCAGAGGAAGCUUCUGGAGAGGGUCGAGAAGUUCAGCGGCCAAGAGAUAAUCGAGAUAGAAAAUGAGAUUGAGGCCAAGAUAAACCUCCGCAAUAUCAUUGGAAAACAUCCCCAUCUGGCUUUUCGGCCUAAUGAGGCAGGAGGGGGUGGAGGCUUUGUUGACUUUGAGCAGGAUGCAGUUCAUUCAGAAAUCUCCCAAGCGAACAGACUAGUGUCUGUGCCCCUGAAUGUGAAGGAAACUUUGAGGUACUUUAGAGAAACCUUGGGGAAAUCUAAGUACCACAACAGGUCGCUGAGACACAGUAGAAAAUUGCUCACUUUAUUUCUGGCCAACACACAAGAAAGCAGUAGCGGAAUAAAUAAUCCCAAGUUUUUUUAUGGAAAAGUGGAAUUUAGCCUUGGAGCCGAAGAGAUGUAUUUGCCAACACCCCCUGAUCUUUUCAGUGAAAAGUUCACUAUUUCUACUACAGUGGAGAGCAAGAAACUUCCUCCUUCCCAAUUUCAACUUGUUAUAGCCUCUUACGAGAAAACUAUUGAUACUCUUGAAAUCAACAAUCAAACAGAUCUCAAGAUACAAGCACUGCAUGAGCUUGGAAAUCUUCACAUCUAUGCAGAAAACAGAAGGGAAGCUUAUAAAUGCUGGAGCCAAGCCCUUGAUGCCAUUCUCAAAAAAACAGACGUUCUCCAUACGUGGAAAGAACUGGCCAAUCCCCCCAAAAAACCUCUUGACAUUGUCAUGGGUUCAUACUUCACUGAUUAUAGUGAGGAAUUUCUGUCAAAAGCUGGCAUUUGGGGGUGCUUGCAGGGAGGAGUCAUAGCCUCAAAAAUGGCGCAAUAUAUUUUGACAUCAAAUGUGAGUGAGCGAACUGAAUGCUGCAUUUUCUCUUCCUAUUUUUUUAAGGCUCUAUUUAGAAUGUCUCUGAUACAUCCCAGACAUGACCAUGAGUAUGCCCAGUAUGAAAUUGGCCAGCUUACUCCAGGCCUGGAUCUCUUCUGUGACCGACACAGAGCGGAUGUGACCGUUGUCCUCGGCAGUCUCAUUUACCUGAUUUAUGAGCUCCAUUCUGUUAAACAUAAUCUUAUUAUUCUGCCUCUCCUUUCAUUACACCAAUAUUUUGUCUCAGAAGUUUGCCAAGAUUUGUGUAAAUGCAUAGAUGCAAAGAUCCUUAAGAUAGAAAUCCUUAUUGACUUAGGACUCCUUUCUGAAGCUUAUAGUGAAAUAGCCAAUCUUUGCCCUGGAAAAGGCAUCCCCACUAUCACCUCUUCAGGCUCCAAAAUUUUCUUGAAACCUAAGCAAAUCACACAGCCAUUUGAAGCAGGAAAAUCUUAUAUGUCCAAAGAAAAUCUAUUGGCCCUGGAAGAUUUACUGAAUCGCAGCAUUCCCGGAUGUGUGACCCUUAUGUGCCAACCAACUUUCAUCUAUAAGUUUACUUUGGUCAAAAUGCGCUUUUUCAUCCAGCUGGCCGCAACAAUAAAUUGCUUGCCGGAAAGUGAAGUGAAAUCAUUCUUCCAGGAGUUUCCCCAGAGAAGCAAAUUCCAGGUCACAUGCAAUAAAGACCAUGCAAAGGAAGAAUCUACACAAACUAUUAUUCUGACCAAGACCAAAGAGGAGCUGACUCCAGGUAAAUUAAAGGGGAUUUUACUGACAGAAGCUGAAGAUAAGCUUCUCAUGCUAAUAGAAAAUGCAGAGUCAUCCAUCUGCAAGAGAAUAAUUCAGUUUAGCCCUGUAGAAUUAGAGAUUAUGAUUGAGGUCAAGCUCCAGCUAGCCGCUAUUGCGAUGCAGAGGCAACAAGCGCCUUACAGCGCUUCUAUAGCUUUCACUGCAAUUAAAAUUCUUCAGAAUGCAGAGGUUUUCCAAAAGACUAAAGAAGAAAUUUAUGAGAACCCAGAUGAGCUGGACGCCCUAGAGCCUCUUGGGAUGUUAGCCCGAGAACAUCUGAACAUUCAUAUGUGGCUGAGGUGCCGCCUGGCCUUGGUGGUGGCCUCUGUGGCACACAUCCGUGGCAUGGGGUUCUUGAAAGAAAAUGAGGUGACCGACUGCAGACAUCUGAUAAACGAAGUGGUCGUGGAGGCACGGGACUGGAAUGACACUGAGAUGCAAGCAGAGGUGUUGGUGCAAGCUGUCAAGCUUGACCUGCAAGAGAGGCACCCGGCAGCCGAGAUCAUUAAACAUCUGCGGGAUAUAAUCAAUUUACUUGAAGGAAAACCCUUCAUUUCUCCUCGAGGCUCGUUAAUACUUGUGAAAAGCCUGGUGUUAAUGGAUGACUUACUGAAAAUUGAGGAACCCCAGAAAUAUCUCUCUCCUGGAAAUGAAAAUUUCAAUUUAUUAAAUCAGGCUCAUGCUCUUAUUAUUGAACAGGCUCUAUCUUUGGGUGAAACGAUUAGAUUGGCUUCUUCAGACUCUGAUUAUGCGAAUAUCAUGUACCCUUUGAGAAACAUUUAUCUUCCGUAUAUCAACUUAAUGGCAAAAGUGAAGAUGAGAAUUGCUCAUAUGUUAGCCAAGCAAGUAGCUUCCUCCGGAAAAAGAGAUUCUUCUCAAUGGGCACCUGUCAUUCAUCUCUUUGAGAAAGCGUUGUAUCAUUGUAGGACAGCUGCGAUACGAGAAGGUGAAUUGGAAGCUGAAAUCCUUUUUGAGAAAGGCAAAUUAGAACGUCAAAUGUUUAUUGCAGAUGAGACAACCCAUAUAGCUAACGAUCUCUUUGAAGCUAUAAAAACAAGUCUGAAAAAUGAUCAAAAUUUAAGGUUGAUAAGGAAAUCCUACCUGGAAAUAGCCCUAUUAUAUUUACAUAUGGAGAAUCUUAAGAAAUGUCAGGCUUCUUCCCAAACCCAAAGUCCAUCAAAGGAGGCCACAGAAGAGAAAGGUAGUCUGUACCUGACACUGUCCUGGAUGGCAAUCCGAGGUGCUGCACAGGCCAGUAAAGCAGCAAAAGCAGCUCAGAAGCUACUUGGACGAAAGAAUAUUUUGAUGGAGAAAAUUAAAAUGGUCGUCUUGCAGAAUAUCCCGGAAUUUGCUGUUGUGGACCUCACAUCUACAUAUAUAGAUUAUUUGACUGCUAGCUAUAAAGCUGUCUUCAAGUCCCCCUUUUCCUCUCCGAGCCAAUCUGAUAACAUUCCGGACAAUUCAAGUUUGGAACAAGAUCUUGAAACCACUGAUAAUGAAGAAAGCGAAGAGCGGAAUGAGCCAGAUAUCUCCUGGGUCCAUCUGGUCUGUUACUACACUCAACUGUUAAGAGUUAACAACAUGAACACCCUGCUUGCUUCUCCAAAGCCAGUUUUCUUAGCAGAUGAAGUAUUCCACACUUCUGUUUUCAAUGAAGAUCUGAUUUUACGUCACAAAGAAUUGCACGGUUUCCUCAAAAAAUUCUUACGUGUUUUUACGCCAGCCUGUAUUGAGCCAUUUCCAAAAGACCUUCCUCUUGGGGUAGAAAAAUCAUUCAACGAAAAAUUCCCACGUAGGGAACCACUUAAGAUGGAUCAGGAAAUAUCUGUGUUAGUAGAAAAAUUUGCAGCCUCUAAGAACUCCCUAACUCCUCCAGACUUAACAGAUUUUGCUGUAUAUACUAUAAGCAAAGAUCUUUGCUUUCAGUGGUACCUACCCCCUCUAGAAAAGUCUCCAAAGGAAACAGAACCUAUGGUCGUGUUGCUGUAUGCCUUUAACACCAAACCUGUCAAGAUUCAUGAUGCCUUGGAGUUCAAUAACAGCAGUAUAUAUUCUGGAUCCUUCUGGCUUCCUUUGAACAAAGUUAUGGCCUUACAUGGAAAACUAUCUGGCCUCAGGCAGCAAGCUGAAAUGUUGUUAUACACGAGUCCAUUGUCUCCAGAAAGAAGGAAGUCAUCAGACAGUUCUUCUCCAAAAAUCUUCCCAGGUCUACCUGAAAAUAUCGUACUCACUAAAGAAAUGAAGGCUAUAUUUUUUGAGUGUUGCAGUGAGAUAGAAAGUCUGCUUUCGAGAAGUGAAUACUUGCCCCCCAAAAUUGAGGUUCCAUUUGAAGUGGAUUUGUCCACUGUAAAGAUGCUGGAGAUGCUUUUUGAUCCCUCUUCGGGCUAUGUCUUAAAGUCAAACACCAUUUUCAAGUGGAUUACGUCUUUUCUUAAAUGAGCACUCUUUAUACUGCAACCUUUACAAGGACAGAGGGAAUUCAAUAGUGUUU